CGGUGCUCUCCGACUUCCUUCGACUUCCGCGAGCGCGCAGCCAACAAGAGAGUGGAGUGGGGUUCCUCGAUCGAGACCGACAGCUAGCCGGCGCGGAGGCUUCCGGCGGCAAGUCCAAAAGUCUUGCUCGUUUCCGAGAUUCCCCCUUCUUCUAGAACUUGCCGUUGAAACGCAGAAGACGGCGAGAAAACCUCCGUGUGAAAAGGGGAGAAACGUCGCGGAACUUGACUUUCUUUUCUGGAGACUCCCCAUGGGGGAACGCUCCGGGCACGGAGAGCGGGCACCGACUUUCGAAAGGCUUCCGAUCGGCGCCGAGAUCUUCCUGGUCGCUUUUCCUGCCUUUCUUUUUCGUUUCCAAGUAUUUCGUGCUUCUUCGCGCGAAGGGCGUCGCGCGCGCCCUCCACCCGACCUCCUUCUUGUCCACUCUUCUUGCGGUGGGCGCGCAGACUUCCACGCGCGAGUGCCAGGCAGCUUGACCCCGCGCCUGUCGUCCUCGUGACUCGACAACCACAGACGCGUUUCUUUGUCGCUUGCCGACAUCUGGAUCUCGAGCCGUUCGGCGUUGCGUCUGCUCUCCCGGUGCGCAGAUGCAGUCUCUCUGCGCGAGACAGAACUCGACGCGAGGACUAGCGACGCUGCAGGCGCCGCGGACAUGGACACCCGCCUCUUUUUUCUGUUGCUUUUUCGACGCUGCUGCACCAAUCUGGGCCUUCCUCCACUUUCCUCGCUGAGUGCCAAGCUCUCCUGUUCUUUGUGAAGCUUCUCACGCCAUUCCCCAGUUCAUCCUCCUCGUGGUUCAUCAAGGAACGUUUUUCGCCCCCUCGGCACUGACCUUCGUCCUUCAUCUGUUUCGACUGCGUCAACAAGAAGACCUCGACGUUUGGUCCUUCUUCGUCAGGCCUUGCUGAGGUCCUCCCAGGAUCGGUACCCUUCUUCGCUUCUCCUUCUCUUCGUCCUCUCUCGCCUCUUCUUCCUCUCCUUGUUCCCGCUCCUUCCUUUCCCCUCUCCUUCUCUGCUCGUCCUUCUCCCUCUCUGCCGCCAGGAUGUCGUCGAAAGGUGGAUCUUCUCGGCUCGGCAGCAAGGACCUGAAGAAGAUGACUUCUCGUACAGAGCGCGAACUGCGCGACUCCGGACGAGUGCGUGGCGAGGUGGAGCGAGUGGAGAAGCGACUUCGAGCGACAGCGAAGGUGAAGGAGCAGCCCCCAACAGGAGACUACAAACGGCGCGCCCUCGCCUCUCCUGGAGAAACAGCCGCGCCGACGUUUCUCGUCGACAGCCGAGGAAUUCCAAGAAAGACUUCUUCGACUGCGCCUCGCAAGGCUACUUUACGUCCUGCGUCGUCUUCGCCGCGUCUUGCUUCCUCUUCGAGGCCUACAGAGUCGACUUUGCCCUCUUCUUCUUCUCGGGCGUUACAGGGAGCUUCUUCUUCGUCUUCUUCGCGCCCCCGGCGCCUUCACGAGUCUGCCUCUGGAAGAGGGGGAAGCGGAGGAUCAGCCGGCGAACUGAGACAGGAGAAGAAAAGGUUGCCCGAGCUCGAGGCCGCGGAGGCGGCGCCCGCCUCCUGCGUCGUGGAACUCCGCGAUGUGACUGCGAGAAAGGGACGCACGUCCCCCGCAACGCCUCCAGAGACUGCAGGCUCGAGUGUCUGCGGCCAAGGCAGCCAUGCGAGAACGGCGGAGAAGCUCGAAGAGGGAACAGCUUCACACAGAGACGGCUCUCGACGCGGGAGCGUGGAUGCGGAGACUUGGGCGACGCCGGGCGACGGGAGUUCCUCACACGAGUUCGAGUCUUCGCCACAACGCGAAGAGCGCAUGCAGCCGCAGGAGACCGGACGCCGAGAGCUCUCUUCAGAGCCGCGCUCCGGAGACUUGACGAAGAACGGAGGGGACGGCGGACCGCGCAGACACUCAUGCGCGUGGAGGAAGUGGAGAGAGCACAUGAUACAAUCGUUCGAUAUCACCACCCACCCUUUUCCUCCACGCGGAGACGGUUCCCCGAGAAGGGGGAAGUUUCUCAUGAUCUUCCUGACCUCCUCCGUCCUCUUCUUCGUUUUCCUUCAAGAACUCGUGUUGAAUGUGACGACAUUCAACGGCAGGUGCAUGUCGCCGGUGCUGUACCCCUCGCACGACGCGCCUGAGUCGGAGCGGACGCCUCGAGUCAUCAGCUUUGGGUACGGCGCCUGCGAGCACAAUCUCGGUGUGUCUCUGUUCCGGAGAGAGGAGACGAAGAAGGAUCCGAGAGGCCGGUGGACGCCAGGGCCGCUGACGGAACGGUGCGCCUCGGGGCGCUGCGCCAGCGACGAUGGCUGGCCUUCUGACCUCGUUCAGCGAGGACGCGCGCAGCGCUCGCCUGCCGCGUUCGACUCUCCGAACCCUCGCGUCUUCAGUUCUCUCGGCGCUCUGGACACCAACAAAGUUCGGAACUACGGCGAGAUGUUUCGCGUCGUUUGGGGGAUGUUUCUCCACGGCGGCUGGAUGCACCUGCUGCUCAACGUAUCGUGUCAAGCUCAGACCCUCUGGAUCCUGGAACCUGCCUGGGGAUUUUUGCGAACGCUCUCGCUUUGGAUCGUCGGCGGCGUUUCUGGAAGUCUUCUGAGCGCCGUGGCGAAUCCUUGCACCGUCACAGUCGGAUCGUCUGGCGCCUUCUACGGCCUCCUUGGAGCCCUCGUGCCGUUCUCCAUCGAGUACUGGGAUCACAUCGCCAGCCCUGCCUGGUUCCUUUUCUGCGUCUCAGUCCUCGUGAUGGUCGCGCAGUUCGGAAACAUGGUUGGAGUCCAAGGAGUUGACAACAAUGCCCAUUUGGGUGGACUGAUUGGCGGCCUUCUCUUCGGCUUCGCCACCAUUCGCUCCGUUCAUGCGUUCCGGUGGCAAGGUGUGGCGGAGCGCAUGGCCUCGUCCACGCUAUUCUGGUGGAUGUUUCCCGCAGAGAAAAGGCGCUCUCUUCGAGAGGACAAUCUCCAGAGAGUGGCUCGUGAAAGGGAAGAACGGUCAUCUGGGCGCAUUCCUCCGCCGAAAUUCGUUUGGAAGUUCCGCGGUCACGAGCGCGAGUGGUGCGUCCGGUUCGCAGCAGCUGUGGGCCUGGUCACCUUCUGGUCGGUGUUGUGGCUGUAUUUGCUGGUUCCGUCGUACUACGAGUCUCUGAGUUCGCCGCCGGGCAACUUUUCUUUUUUGGGAUCCACCGGCUGUCACUGCUGUCGAGUCCAGCCGUUCCCUGGAGAAGAAGACAAGCUUCCGGCGUUCCAUCCAGUCCGUGUGAACAGAGGACUCUUCUGGUGUUUCGUCUCCGAGGGAGUGGCGAACCUUUUCUGCGGACGAAGCUCUGCGCUGAACCGCGGCGCAGAUGUCUACGGACAAACGCGUCAAUUCGAGGAAGCGCUGGGCGACCUCCCGAGCGCCCGAGCCGGCGAGGCUCCCCUCCGAAUCGCGAAGGAAGAAGGCGAGAGCGCGAGCGUAUGGCAGCGCCUAGUGAAGUCGGCAAAGAAAACGUACAACGCAGUUCUGGGCAACACCACGACGCCCGCAGCUCCUUCUGCGGCCGAGCUGGCACAGCAGACGAGGGCAGGCCAAUAAGCGCGGCGAAGCAGAGAACAGAAGCGCUUCGAAGAGUCUGCGUCGACGAAAGAAUGUCCGACAGUAAAGAAGAAGGAGAGACAUCUGCGUCGAGACUCUGCUCACCUGAGCGUGCGUGCAAGAAGAAGGAAGGCCAUACACACCGCGAAACGAUGACGCAGGGGGCUCACAUGGUCAAAGGAGAAAAAAGCGAAGAGAGCGCGCCAGCGACGCUCCAUUUGAAAGAACGUUCAGUGGCCAAAAAGGAAUUCAGGAUGUUGCAUCUCUUUCCUGAAGUUCUUCCGAGCAAAGUCCGUCCAGUCUCGAACGUCCUGCUUAGGUCGUUUUUUGCGAGCAUGCAUGCACCGCAUCUUCCAGGAGGCGGUGGAGAGCCGAGGUGUGGCGACAGAGAACGGCGUGCAGUUCCUGUCAAUAUCGGCGGUCGGCUAUUCGACGCCAGACGGUUUCGCGACUUCACCCGCAUCGUCUCUCCCUUUUUAAAUGCAUGCAGGUUCUCUUCUGCAGGUUUCAAUGCGCCGCGUUUCGUCACAAGUCGCGAGUCAGACUCGCCUAGGGAAGAAAUGCAGUUGGUUUUCUCGCGCGAGGCGCAGGAGGUCCGUUUUAUUUUGUGUCUCUUUUUGCUAGAGACUCGGCGAAGAGUGUUCGCCGAUGGUCGACAAGUUCGACAAGUUGUCGAGUUCUCCCGAUAAUAGGCUUUGUCUGUGCCUUCUGUUUUUCCGCCAUGCAUGCAACAAAGGACCCGACAACGCUUGUCAAUGCGACAUGAGCUGGCCGAAUCUUGCGGUGGAGACAGAAACAUGCAGCGACUCCCCAUCGAUACUCCCAACAGAGGGGGAGGAGAGAAUGGAAGGAAAGGAACAAAAACGAGACAGACAGAGGAAGGAAGCAGAGAAAACGAGGAAGGAAAUCGGGAACAGUCACGGCACACAGCCAGUGCAGUGGAGCAGAAAAAGGAGCAAGAAGAGAACGUAGUGGAGAGACAAAGGAACUGAGAAAGAGGCAGGGACAAGAGCGUCACAGAAAUUCUGUUUUAAGAGCUAGACAGCCGAGCAAAGCUAGCGAGCACCGCGAC